AUGGCCUUCGCCACGACUGGUGCGCUGGAUCCCACCGUGCCCCGGCUCGGCGUCCGGUGGAGCAAAUACCCGCAGCCGCAGCCAGCGCCGGUCCCAACGGGAUCCAUCAACGACCAGUCCUUCUACGGCCUAGGUGAUGCGCCUAAGGGUCUCAAAGCGCUGUACUACUACGAGGACGUUGCCGAGAUGCAGCGCCCGUGCUUCGUUCUGGAGGAUGGCUCUUCCGAAUGGAACACGGCGUCUGACAUGUGCAAGGCGGCGCUGCACCAGAACGAGUACCGUAACUGGAAUCCCUUCAUUGUCGUCUUUCCGCUCAACGAGCGUCAUAUUGCCGCCGCCCUCACGUUUGCCGCGCAGCACCGUCUGUGUAUAGCCACUGCUGGUACCGGCCACGAGUACAACAGCCGCAACUCAUGCCCAACUGGCGGCAUUCUGGACAAGGCCCUGGCCCCUGCCGGUGCAUUCCGCUUCGGCGCCGGCUGCAUCUUUGCCGAGAUGCACGCCUUCUCAGCCAAACACAACCGCGUCGUUGCUUCGGGCUGGUGCUCCACCGUUGGUAUGGUCGGCUUUCAUCUCGGUGGCGGCCAUGGGCCCUUUGCACCGUCUUUGGGCUUAGGCGUUGAUAACCUACUCGAAAUUGAGGUUCUGCAGGUUGGUCGCGAUGCAAAAGGCCAGACCGUAGUGCACAAGAAGAUUGCCAGUCGUCAUCACAACCCGCAGCUCUUCUGGGCCAUGCGCGGUGGCGGCGGUGGUGUCUGGGGCGUCAUUCUCUCCAUGACGAUCCGCGCCCAGGCCGUUCCGGAUGGAGGCCUCAGCCGCGUCUUCAUGAACCAGAGUGGCACUUUUUGCCAGGACUCGCGCGACUUUGGCUACCAGUGGCUGCGCGACAUGUGGACUCGCUUCACUGCAUGGCAGCUGAGACUCAACUCCAAGGUCAGCACGCAGCCUGCCUUCUUUAUUGACCCCAGCCAGUACAAGGCGACCGGAGACCUCUGCUCGGUCACCUGGACGUCCAACUUUGAGUACUUUUACGCCGGCGGUCAGACAGAUCAGGACUACGUCCUGUUCCGCGACAGCCUCGUGGACGUGCUUCAGACCAAACCCGAGGUCACGCAGGAAAACAAUUUCAAGUCGGCGUUUGAGUGCCUUCUGACCAUGCCCCCCAACAAGUUCCUCCUCUCCGUGACGAAUCCAUUGCCGCCACCGCACCCGCCCUCCGACGCGGCCACAGGGCCUCAGAAUUCCGUUCUUAUCUCGCGACAGGCCAUGGAGACAGAGUUCGUCUCGACCAUGAUGAAUGUGCUGGAUAUUUGCUUCAAGACUCUGGAGCAUAAUGAUAAGACGUCGCCAGAUUCAAACGGUUAUCGCUGCGGAUUCCACUACCUCUACACGUCGCUGACGGGCAACCUCGGAAGCCCGCAGCCGGGCGGCACGGCCAUCUCGCCGGGCUUCCGCUCGGCGCUCAUGCUGUGGAACGCGCGCACCUUGACGACGCAGCAAUCUGACGACACAUUGUACAAGCUCGGUCCCAACAGCUAUUUCUCCGAGAGCUCGUAUGUGAUGCAUAACUGGACGGCGAGGUACUGGGGCCAUGUCACGUAA